CCUAAGACUGUACUCCUGCUUCUCUCUCUUGCCCAAUCUUAACAAACCAUUUUUGUUUCUAUUUUACUCGUCAUUAUCUCAGUGCAACAUUAUAAAAACAAUGGGUACUGAACAAUAUCAUCAACGCUCGUGUGUGCGACGACAUCAAGGGAAGAUUGCUUUCCUCAAGCUGUUGGUUAUUGCAACCGCUGUCGCCGUACUCCUAGCUCUUAUAACAUCAUGGGAGAAAAAGCAGAACCAAGAAGCGGGUGUCAAUAUCGGUGGAUGGCUUGUUCUAGAGGCCUCCAUCACCCCUUCUCUCUUUAAUCCUUAUAUUUCCAAGGGUGUCGUAGAUGAGUACACGUUGUGCAAGCACUUGGGACAGGAAGGCGCAAAAGCUCUGCUUGAAAAACAUUAUACUAGCUGGGUUAGUGAAGAGACCUUUAUCCGCAUCCGCGGCCUCGGCCUUAAUCACGUUCGCAUCCCCAUUGGCUUUUGGGCUCUGGGCACUCUUAGUGCUGAUGAGCCUUAUGUUCCUAGUGUCUUGUGGAACUAUCUCCUCCGGGCAAUUGAAUGGGCACGUAGAUAUGGUAUCCGCGUCAUGGUUGAACUUCAUGCUGCACCUGGUUCUCAAAAUGCUUGGAACCAUUCAGGUCGGUCAGGACAGAUCAAUUGGAUCAAUGGUACUGGCGGCGCCGUAAACGCACAACGUACACUCACGUAUCUCCAGCAAAUGGCACUUGAUGUCUUCCGCACCGCAACUGGAAUAGGCAAAGGCCCAUUGGCCAUUAUUCACGAUGGCUUCCUUGGCCUGUGUACUUGGAACGGCUUCUUAGCAGGGGCUGAUCGCCUUAUGAUGGAUACCCAUCAAUAUAUCAUGUUUGACGAUGGUUUGCUGCGCAUGAACCAGACUAGACAGCUACAGUUCGCAUGUCAACUCUGGAGUACAGACGUGGCGACUAGCGUCAGGGCAUUCGGUCCAACCAUGGUAAGCGAAUUCUCAGUCGCAGCCAAUGACUGCGCCACGUAUUUAAACGGCAUCGACAUGGGCUACCGCUGGGAUGGUACGUUCGAUGGCGCACCUCCAGUGUUACCCAAUAGCACAUGUACCAACGAUAAUGCGGCCACGACAUUAGCCGCCUCGUCUCUCUCUUCGCAGUCUCCACCCGCAAACAAGUUGACCGGUUUCACCUUGGCUUUAAUGGCAGUUGCCGCAGCUGAAGCAGGCUGCAGGACAAUUGCUUUGAAUGGCGCUCCAUUUGUUAUUGCAACAUUCAGCGACACGGCCUGUUACAAUGAGAACUUCAGAAUAAACUAUAAGAAUGAUGGCGCAUGCUUCGAUAUUCGUAGCAGCAAAUCCUUCAUCUUUGAGUCAGCAUUGAAUUACAACAAUGAACACCUGUGCAGGAUUAGACUUUACAGCGAUAAUGGCUGUGGUAACCAAUUCGGAACAUCUCUUGGACACUGGAUGAAAGAAACUGUGUCACAACCAAUUGAGAGCAUCCGUGUUUCCUGCAGAGGCGAGCCUUACUUUUAA